CCACCACGGUCAAACAUCGCAGCCUCGCGCAGACCAGCAUUCACGACGACCACGGCAGCGGCAACUCACGGCAGCACCAACCACCUGGGUCAACCGACAAAGGACAUUCAGCCGUACUGAGCAGCGCAGCCCCCUAAGCUGCCAUCACCACCACCGCCAACACAACCCAACCCCCAGACGGCAUCGCGCACCACAGACCGCCAACAUGACGUCGACAAUCGGCAUCCCGAUCAAACUCCUCAACGAGGCCCAGGGCCACAUCAUCACCCUCGAGAUCACCUCUGGCCAGACAUACCGCGGCAAGCUCCUCGAAGCCGAGGACAACAUGAACAUCCAACUCAAGGACAUCACCGUCACCGCCCGCGACGGCCGCGUCAGCCACCUCGACCAGGUGUACAUCCGGGGCAGCCACGUGCGCUUCUUCAUCGUGCCCGACAUGCUCAAGAACGCGCCCAUGUUCAGGAGUCGCAACGCCAGAGGCAGAGGUGUCGGCCUGGCCAGAGGUCGCGCGACAGUCAGCAGGGCGCGCGCGAGCGGUCGUGGAGGUAGAUAAAAAAAAAGGAACAGACUUGUUACGGCGGUGAAGGCAGCUUUAAAGGGCGGGCAGACGAUAAUCCUCGAGCCCAGAUUCAUGACGAUCAUGACUUGAGCGGCUCUAGAGAACAGGAGGGGGGACGUGCGGUGUUUGCCCAUGGGAGUGUGCGACAGGCAGAGGGUUUCAUCAAGGUGCCUAGAGAAUCCGGACAGAUCACAGAUACCCGAAAAGUGGCCAGAGGAGAUAUAUUCGCAGGACAUUAUUACCAGCCGCCAGAGAAAACCAGCCGCAAAAGCAGGGCACUCCCAUAGGGAAAGCGCCAUUACGAAGUCCACGGCGUUGGCUGAUGGAUCGCGGAGACAUCACGCGAUCUAGAGGGCCAUCUCAAGGAUUGACGAAAGCGUGAUAGCUAGACAACGACCUGGAAAAUCAGAUACGCUUGAGGAUAU